AUGUGCAUACAGGAAAAAAAAGUUCAUACAGCUGGUGAUACCGAGAAAGAAAAGAAUAAGAAGUCAGAUAAGAGAAAUGAUAAUGAAAUGGAAUCAAAGAAAGCUGCAGGUGAUAAGAAUGAAGCCGUUAUACAAACGGAAAAGGACGAUAUCAAUCGGCAAUCAAAACAAAAAAUGAAAAAACGAGAAGGACGACCACACGUUUUCUUCGACAUUAUCAUCGGUGGAAAAACUUCAGGACGUAUUGUGAUGGAACUAUUCAAUGAUAUAGUACCAAAAACAGCCGAAAAUUUCCGAUGCUUGUGCACCGGUGAGAAAGGAAUUGGUAUACUUGGAAAGCCCCUCCAUUAUAGAGGUUGCAAAUUUCAUCGAGUCAUUCCAGAAUUUAUGUGUCAAGGAGGUGAUUUCACGAACGGUGAUGGAACCGGGGGUGAAUCUAUAUAUGGGCAAACUUUCCCCGAUGAAAAUUUCAUCGAAAAACAUACUGGGCCAGGGAUUCUGUCAAUGGCAAACGCAGGUCCCAAUACGAAUAGUUCUCAGUUUUUCCUGUGUACCAUAAAAACAGACUGGUUAGAUGGAAAACAUGUAGUAUUUGGGAAAGUUGUCGAUGGUAUGGAGGUGGUGAAGAAGAUUGAAAAAGUGGGUUCUGAAGAUGGUACAACAUCGCAGGAGGUAAAAAUUGCGGAUUGCGGUGAAUUAUGA